AUGUCCAAGAAGCUGCUUGUUGUUGGAGGCGCUGGGGCACUCGGCCGCGGUGUAGUGAAUCACUUUACUCAAGCGUCGUGGAAUGUUAUUUCUGUGGGAUUUGCAAAGAAUGAGAACGUUGAAAACAACGUCCUUCUGCCCGAGAGCAACGUCCUUAAACAAGCGGAUCAGACGUUGCAGAAUAUCUUGACCAGAGGGACAAACAGAUAUGGAAAAAUCAACACUGUGGUGUGCACAGCGGGUGGAUGGACUGGAGGCAGUAUCCGUGACGCAGACUCUCUUGCUAAUUUAGGGGACAUGCACGCCAAAAACCUCGAGUCAGCAUUCCUCGCCACGUACUUGGCAAGUCACUUGCUGGUACCUGGAGGAUUACUCGUUCUGACUGGUGCUACUGCGGCACUCAAAGCCACUCCUGGCAUGGUCUCCUAUGGAGCUAGCAAGGCAGCAACUCAUCAUCUGAUUGCUAGUGCUGUGACUGAGCUGCCUAAGGAUUCGUCGGUACUGGGCGUGCUGCCAACGACGAUCGACACGCCCAUGAACCGCAAGUUUAUGGCGAAUGCUGACUUUUCCAGCUGGACUAAGACGGAGGAUAUCGCUCAGAAGAUUUUGGAGUGGUCGUUUGCUUCUUAUGCUGCUCGCCCCCCUAGUGGACACUUGAUAACUGCCACCACGGAGAACAAUACAACGUCCUGGAAGGACGCUGGCAAUCCGUUUCAGUAA